UCGGUUGAGUCGCGUUCAUACAAACGCCAGUUGCUCCGCGGCUUCCGCCACAGUUACAGUGACAUGCGUUUACUUGAAUCACUUACUAGUAGUAACAGUUGUAGUAAAACACUCGCGAAAAUUAUGCGUCCGUCAAGUGUCACUAUGAUGACGUGUACCAUUUUUAUUUUACUUGGAGCACUUAUUUGUCAAUCAUCAGCUGCCGAUAGUAAUAAUAGUAAUAAUAAUAACAUUAAAACAAAUGAGCUUAAAAUAGAGCCACUGUUUGUACCAGAUGGUUGUGCGGUUAAAUCGAAAAAAGGAGACCACGUUACUAUGCAUUACACCGGAACUCUUGUUGAUGGUACCAAAUUUGAUUCAAGUUAUGACCGCGAUUCACCGUUUUCAUUCCAACUGGGCGUAGGCCAAGUAAUCAAAGGCUGGGAUCAAGGGCUCGUGGACAUGUGCGUUGGUGAACGUCGAAAAUUAACGAUACCCCCCGAGUUAGGAUAUGGUGAUCGUGGAGCUGGAAACGUUAUACCAGGAGGCGCUACGCUUUUGUUCGAAGUUGAGCUGAUCAAUAUAGGAGACGCUAAACCAUCGACAAAUGUUUUCAAAGAGAUAGACAUUGACAGUGAUAAUCAAUUGUCACGUGAGGAGGUGAGCAAAAUGGUGAGCGAGUACUUGAGGAAGCAAAUGGUGGAAGCGGAUCAAGCCGGAGAGACCAGCGACGAGAUGAAAAAAAUAAUCGAUGACCAUGACAAACUAGUGGAGGAAAUAUUCCAGCACGAGGAUGUCGACAAAAAUGGGUUCAUUUCGCACAAAGAAUUCAGUGGCCCCAAACACGACGAGCUGUGAGACAUUAUUGUCUCGACGUCUUCCGCAAUAUCACAACUCAUGUGUAUUCAUCAACAUUAAUAUCAACACCCACAUCAACAUAAAUAUCAACAUCAACGUCAACAUCAUUAAAAUCUUAUCUGUCAUUAUAUUGCGGUAAACUCAUUCAUUUCCGGUAAAGAAAGUUACUUUCUAAUGAGAAUCCAAGACAAACAACCAAGUGCGCCAAACCAAAUGCGUAUAUAUCAAAUAUAUAUAUAUGAAAGAUGUGCGAAUAAUUAGUUACAAAUAUUCGUAUAAAAUCGAGUAAUUUGAAUUUUUAAAAAAUUUUAAUCAUUCGAAAAAAUUUUAAUUAUUAUAAAAAUUUUUUUAUAAUUUUUUAUGUUAAAAUUUAAUAUCCGAAAUUUGAACUGAAUAUUUGAAUUUUAAUUUACAACUCAGAUUUGAAUCAAAUAAUUUGAAAACUGAAUAAAUAUUUGAAUUUUUUAAAAAUUUGAAUUAUUUGAAAAAAUUUGAAUUAUUUAUAAAUUAUUGUAAAAAAUUUUUUAUAAUUUAUUACAAGUGGGUUAAAAUUUAAUAUUCGAAAUUUGAACUGAAUAUUUGAAUUUUAAUUUACAAUUCAGACUUGAAUCGAAUAAUUUGACAACUGAAUAAAAAUUUGAAUUUUUUAAGAAUUUGAAUUAUUUGAAAAAAUUUGAAUUAUUUAUAAAUUAUUGUAAAAAAUUUUUUAUAAUUUGUUACAAGUUAAGAUUUAAUAUUCGAAAUUCAAACUAAAUAUUUGAAUUUUAAUUUACAAUUUGAAAUUAGAUCGAAUAAUUUGAAAACUGAUUAAUAAUUUGAAUUCUUCAAUUCAAAUUUUAUUCACACAUCCCUAAAAAAAAAAUAUAUAUAUAUAUAUAUAUGUAUAUUUAAGGAUAUGCAAAUAAUUCGAAUUUGAAUUUUUGAAAACUUAAAAUAAUUCGUAAGUUUUUUAAAAAUAUGAACUAUUGUAAAAAAUUUCAUAAUUUACUACUCGAAAUUUGAACUGAAUAUUCGAAUUUGUAUUAAAUAAUUUUAACUUGGAUCAAAAAAUUUGAAAAUUGACGAGAAAUUCAAAUUUUUCUAUUCAAAUGUUAUUCACACAUCUCAUAUAAAUAUAUAUAUAUAUAUAUCUUCUUAAUCGGAAAUAGAACAUGAUGAUCGAUAAAAACAGACAUUUGCAUUCUACUUAACAUUCCGGAAUACCAAACAAUUGAAAUCAAAUAAAAUAAAAUGAUUUCCCGAAAUAUUAACGACUAAAAAAACUAGUUAAUAUAUAAAUAUAUAAAUAUGAGAUUAAAAUCAUCUCAAUAUAAAAUGUGUACAGAAAUCGAUAUUAGUAAAAAUUUGUUUGUUUUUUUUUCUUUUUUUAAUUUGUCUGUUAUUAAAAAUGUAAUUACAUGCUUGGCUUUACUUGGGCAUUUAAUAAACUAAAUUUUUGAAUUAUUAAGUAAAAUAAUUAAGUGAGCAGAUAUGUGUAAUAUUUUAAAUGAAACUUUCCAUUUUUACAUUUUUUAAGUGAAUAAAAAUAUUGUUGUUAAUUAUUAAUUAUUAAUUACUGUAAUUACAAGUAGUGAAAAAAAAUUAUUAUUAAUAAUAAUAAAAAUAAAAUCUUCCUUGGGUUCAUUAUUAAGAUGAAGUAAAUUUAUUGAUUGAAUAUAUGAGAAUAUAUAGGAAAGGCAGGUGGAAGUGAGUGAGUAGAAGUAUGUGGUGAUUUUAAAAAUAAAAUAUAUAAUAAAUAUGGACAUAUGAAUGAGAGAUUUAUGUGUAAAAUGAGCGUUGUCUUGAAGCUAUCACUAUAUUGUAACUUACAUGAUUUUUAUUACUACAUUAUAUUGUAUAUUGUUAAAGCUGGAUGAAAGUUAAUGAUAAAAAAAAAUCCUGUGUCUUGUACACAGUUUUGUUAAUAAAAAAAUUUUGAAAAUA